ACAUCGUAGAUUUUAUAAUCGUUGCACAAUUCAUCAUUUGCGGUUUUGUCAUAAAUUUCCUUGUGUGUGUUUGUGUCAACAAAAAGACAUAAAUCAAAAUGUGGUAUAAAAGAGUUGAGUCCGAGGGACAUAGACAUACUUACUUGGAAAUCUCAUAACUACUUCACAACAAGAUAUAUUCAAGAUGAUAAUAUUCCAUACCAUAUUUCUUUUGACAACAGUUACCGCAGUGAUACAAAAAGAAUAUUCCCCAAAGAAAAAAAGUGGAACUUGUCCAAAGGAAACACAUGCCGAAUUAGCUGUUUGCAAGGAAGAAUGUAAAAAUGACCAAGAAUGUCCAGGAGUCCAGCUUUGCUGCCGACUAAGCGCCUGUUCAACUUACUGCCGAAGUCCAGUUGGUCAUCAAGGCGGGACACGCACAUCACUCGUACUAACUGAUUCUGGUAGCCAUUUGGGAGCAAGUGGCAUCGGAUCGUCCCGUGGAAUGAAUGAUAAUUUAGGAGCACACUCUUCUUCUUCUGGAACUGGUGCAACAGGAAGAGAGCACUCGUCGUCUGCUAUGAUUAGAGGUUCUUCAAGUGGCAUGUCUAGCGUUGUAUCUCUCGAUGACCAUGACUGUAACCAUGUUUGUGGGCAAGGGAAAUCGUGCCCUUCAGGACACAAAUGUGUUAUAGACGGUUGUAGAAGUUACUGUGUAGAAACAUCUGGGGGAGCUGGUUUAUCUGAUACGUUGAGGAGAGGUUCAUCUGUGUCUGGGAUCAUUAGAAGUUCAUCAUCUUCCAUGUCUAGUGGUAUAAGAGAUAGUAGCAGACUAGACAAUAACUGUGAUUAUGCAUGCGGAGUAGAAAAACCGUGUCAAUCUGGAUAUAAAUGUGUUCAAGAAGGAUGCAAUAGUUACUGUGUGCAAGGUUCUGGAGGUAUUAAUAGUAUCCCUCAACUGUCAGAAACCUUAACGGGUAGAAACAAUAAUGCAGCAAUUAUUAGAAGUUCAUCAUCAGGCGGUCACGGAAUGACAAGGGUUUCAUCAAUCAAUAGCGCAUCGAGUAUAAAAUGCGUAAACGAUUGCGGAGAUAUACCUUGUGAAUCUGGGUAUAAAUGUGUUCACGAAGGAUGUAGCAGUUACUGCGUUAAAACUACUUCUGGAGCUAUGAUUGGUUCAUCUGGUGGACACACAAUGUCUGAAAUGGUAGGAGGUUCCCACUCUGGAAUGUCCAGUAGCUCAUCUGGCAGAAACACUGCGUCUGGAAUAGCAAGAAAUUCCCACUCUGCAAUGUCCAGUGGAUCAUCUGGGGUUGGUAGAUCAUCUACAAAAUGUACAAAUGAAUGUGGGCAAGAUUUAGCUUGUGGUCCGGGAUAUGCUUGUGUACAUGAAGGCUGUAGCAGCUUCUGCGCUAGAAAAUCUUCUGUUGAUAUGACUGGUACGUCUGGUCAUUCUUCAAUAGAGAGCCUAGAUGUAUCUGGUAGUACACACAAUGUAGGUGGCAGUCGUUCAUCCGGAGGUCAUCUUACAGGUUCUGAUAUUUUGGACGCAAUAUCUGUAAGAGGAAGUGGGACAGAUACAUUUGACACAAGUUCGUCAAGACGAGGUGGAUCAGUUAACAGAUCUGGUUCCAGAAUAGGUUCUCAGUCGACAAAUGCUGGGAAAACUGAUUGCAGAAAAUUGUGUGAUACCAACACAGAUUGUAAAACCCCUAAAGUAUGCGUCUCGGUUAAUUGCCACAGGUUUUGUCGAAGAAGAAGCGUCACAAAUAGUUAUGCACCAUAGUAACAUUAAAACAUAGAAGAAAUCCAUAUUUUUUUUUUUAUAUAAACUGAUUUACUGAUUUACAUGAAAUAAAAAGUUAAAAACCCUA